AUGAGCUUGCGACAAAAGUUUCAGGAAUUCAUCUAUUCCAUCAGCACCAGUGACAAGUAUUCGGAGUUUGACUCAAGAAAGUCGUUCAACAGAGUCAACAAACCGGGCCCAGAAUCAACCCUCUUGUAUUCUCACCACAACCAAUCGAGUCAUGAACUAAUCACAGAAAACGAUCUUGAUGACGGCAAUCUCAACAAACACAAUCUUGAUGGAGUCCACGAAGUCAAACUUGCCUGGAGACACAUCAAGAACUGGAUGGACAAGUACUCGCCGGACUUGGGUCAUUCUCUCCAGGAUAAAUGUACCAAUAGCGAUCUUAACGACUUCCAGAAGGACUUGAAUAUCAAGUUGCCCAAUUGUGUUUUAGAAUUUUACAAAUUGACCGAUGGUCAGUCCGACUUUGGCAACAACACCAACGAAAUCAACGGUCUCAUAUUCGGUCUUAAGCUCAUGCCAUUGGAUGAGAUUAUGGUUCUGACUGAAAACUGGAGAAAGGUAGCAAGGGUCUUGAACUCAGAGUUGUCUCAAAUUAAGCAAGCCAACAAGAUCAGCGAGUUGUCGAAAUUGCCUACAAUUCACAGCAAUCAAAAUGCCUACAAGAAGAAGUUGAGUGGAAACUCUUUCUCUAGAUCGACUCGUUCUUCAUCUGUAUCCAGUGAAUUAUCUUCUGGUUCAAACUCUCAAUUAAACAUUCCAAAACAGAGAUGCAUCCCUCCCGGGGCCACCCAUGAGACAUUUGCUCAUCCUAUGUGGAUUCCCUUAGCAACCGAUGAGGUAGGCAACUAUGUGGGAAUCGACUUGUCACCCGGUGCUACUGGUAAAUGGGGACAAGUGAUCUUGUUUGGUAGAGAUUUCGACUUCAAGUUCAGAAUAGCCGACAACUUUGGCGAUUUCUUGUUGAUCUUUGCCAACGACUUGGAAAUUGGCAACUGGGAGCUUAAACGAGACCGGAAAAACAACUAUGGAGACUUGUUUAUUGGCAAUGAGGGUGAAUUGGUAUACGUAGAUAAAACCACCAAGUUGGAAAUACCGUACUUGGAAGUUUUGAGAAGACGGGCUAUUGAGAAAUGGCUCUCUUCGUUAGAGAUUUCAGAGAACCUUACACCUGAGCUUGAGCAGUUAAAGCAAGACUUGACUGCUAAGGAUCAAACUUUGACAUCGUUCAAUAAGAGCUUAAACAAUAUCGAUAAGUUCAUCAACAAUAAUCUUUCUACCAUAGACAACCUUGACGAGCCA